AUUUGAAUAGAUUGUUGACGCUCCUCUUGUUUUUUAAAUGAUAAUUAUUAUGAUUUUGAAGUGUAUGCAGGAGGAAGUUGGUGAGCUCACUGCAUAAACAUUAUGUGGAUGCUUAUGUAGUGAAGUUUGUCACAGUUUUGUUUCUUUAAGCAAUCUUUUCCAUCUCAUUUUUUUUAUUGUAUAAAUUGCAGAUUAAAUGUAAAUAUGCUAGAUUGGUUGUGUUCUUCUAGUCUAUCUAUCUAUUUCUAGCUAUCUUAAGUUGAGUUGAAUUAUUGUUGAGUUAAUUUGCUAAGUCAAUUGACAAUUAAAAGAUCAUAGGAGUAUUCAUCAACUGCUCUAUGAAACACUUCUUUAAACCAUAACAAUUUUCCAUUUUUCUGCCAUUUACCACAUAUUGUUACAAAUUAGUGUUAUUCUUCUAUAAGAAAUGAAGGCUGACAGUGUUAUCUGCAUAUUUACGACCCUUCUUGAGGCCCUUAGGUUGGUUUUCUGAGAAAUAGGUGACUUAUGAGACACUAACUAUUCAUUUUGUCUUUUCCCUGAUAUUCUUUCAAGUUAUGGUUGACAAGGAGUUUUUGUCAAAAGAACAGCUUUUCAUGGUUCUCUGUCUCUUUUGUUGAUGUAAUUUUGCAGUAUGUUGAUAAAGAGUUUGGAACUGGAGUCUUGAAGAUUAGUCCUGGACAUGACCACAAUGAUUAUCAUAUUGCUAGAAAGCUUGGCUUACCGAUACUCAAUGUUAUGAACAAAGAUGGUACUUUGAAUGAGGUCGCUGGGAUAUACUGUGGAUUAGACAGAUUUGAGGCUCGAAAGAAGGUUUGGUCUGAUCUGGAAGAGACUGAUCUGGCAGUAAAAAAGGAACCUCAUGUAUUACGAGUUCCCAGAUCGCAGCGUGGUGGUGAAGUAAUAGAGCCACUUGUGAGUAAGCAGUGGUUUGUCACUAUGGAGCCAUUGGCUGAGAAAGCCCUUCAUGCUGUUGAAAAUGGAGAAUUGACCAUUCUUCCUGAGAGAUUUGAGAAGACAUAUAAACACUGGCUGACAAAUAUCAAAGACUGGUGUAUAAGUAGACAGUUAUGGUGGGGACAUCGAAUUCCAGUUUGGUACGUUGUUGGCAAAGAUAAUGAAGAGGAUUAUAUUGUUGCUAGAAAUGCUGAAGAGGCUCUUGUUAAAGCCCAUGCCAAAUAUGGAAAAUCGGUGGAAAUAUAUCAAGAUCCUGAUGUCCUUGAUACCUGGUUUUCAAGUGGCUUAUGGCCUUUUAGCACCCUGGGCUGGCCAGACAAGAAUGCUGAGGAUUUCAAGCAAUUUUAUCCCACAACCAUCCUGGAGACUGGGCAUGACAUUUUGUUCUUUUGGGUAGCUCGGAUGGUAAUGAUGGGGAUAGAGUUUACUGGGUCUUCCCCUUUUUCUUAUGUUUAUUUGCAUGGGCUUAUCCGUGAUUCCCACGGUCGAAAGAUGUCUAAAACCCUAGGAAAUGUCAUAGACCCUAUUGAUACUAUCAAAGAAUAUGGUACUGAUGCCUUGCGAUUUACACUUUCUUUGGGCACCGCUGGUCAGGACCUGAAUCUUUCCACCGAGAGAUUGACAUCGAACAAGGCUUUCACUAACAAACUAUGGAAUGCUGGCAAGUUUGUAUUACAAAAUUUGCCUAAUAAAAGUGAUGCUUCUGCAUGGCAACACAUAUUAGCAUAUAAGUUUGAUACUGAGACGGCACUUCUUAAACUACCGUUACCAGAGUGUUGGGUGGUCUCAGAGCUUCAUGAGCUAAUUGAUGUUGUCACCACGAGUUAUGAUAAAUUCUUCUUUGGAGAUGCUGGCAGAGAAAUAUAUGAUUUCUUCUGGGGUGACUUUGCUGAUUGGUACAUUGAAGCAAGCAAAACUCGAUUUUACCAUUCAUGGAGCAACUCAGUAGCCUCUGUAGCACAAGGUGUCCUUUUAUAUGUUUUUGAGAACGUUUUGAAAUUGUUGCAUCCAUUCAUGCCAUUUGUCACUGAGGAACUAUGGCAGGCAUUGCCUUACCGAAGGCAAGCACUAAUGGUGUCACAUUGGCCCCGGACUUCACUUCCAAGAGAUGUCAUGUCUGUAAAAAGAUUUGAGAACUUACAAUCAUUGAUUAGAGCUAUUAGGAAUGUUCGGGCUGAAUAUUCUGUUGAGCCUGCUAAACGAAUAUCUGCAUCUAUUGUUGCUAGCAGUGAUGUCCUUGAAUAUAUAUCAAGUGAAAAAGAGGUAUUGGCGCUGUUAUCUAAGCUAGAUCUGCAACAUGUUAACUUCGUGCAAUCUCCUCCUGAUAAUGCAAAGCAAUCAGUCCAUUUAGUGGCAAGCGAAGGUUUGGAGGCAUAUAUACCUCUAGCAGAUAUGGUCGAUAUAUCCGCAGAACUCCAACGGCUUUCAAAGCGCCUUUCCAAGAUGCAAGCAGAAUAUGAUGCUCUCGUUGCUCGCCUCAAUUCUCCUAGUUUUGUAGAGAAGGCUCCCGAGGACAUUGUACGUGGAGUUAGAGAGAAAGCAUCUGAUGCAGAAGAGAAAAUAUCACUUACAAAAAAUCGGCUUGACUUCCUCCAAGCAACAGUUUUGUCCACAGACUAAUUCAGAUUCGCCCAUUAUUCUUUUCUCCAGAUUAUUCAAGAGGAGAUAGUUUCAAGACAUUAUUCCCUUGUUCAACCUGCUACAAAUGGUGACAGUAAGAGCAGGGGGCAUGAAGCUGCUCGUGAACAUCACAUGGGGAAAUUAAGUUUUCUUGAUCGUGCAUAAGUGUCCUUUUUAUUUCGCUGCUCCCCUUGAUCCAAGUAUUUGUAUUGCAGCUAGAGAAAAGCCAAUAAGUGGAUAUUAUUAUGGCAAAGAAGCAUUAUUAUGUCCCAUAUUUAGUACUUGAAACAAUUUGUAUGCGCUUGAUCAUACAGUGCACUCACCUACCAAAUGGCCUUUUACUUCUUUUUUAUUUAUUUAUUUUUUGCUAAUUUAACUGAAA